CGUUGAGCCAGCAUACUAUCUUCCGUUCGGAUUCGAUCCGUACCCGGCCGCAGUAGAGAGUGAGAUAAAGGCUCUGGCCAUCUAUCUGGUGGCAAUCCGCAUGUGGCUGCGACAAGCACAGAGUCAACUGGCCAGCGUGGUCGAGUACACGAGUUUCUUUCGGGAAGCAGACGCUCCACAUGCGAUGCUGAUUCGCAGGCUGGCAUCGUACGAUCAUCACUGGCGGAGAUUUUUCACAGUGCUACACGCGUUGGAUGACGCAAUAGAUCGAGCUGGCACACAGUUGAGUGGAAUGAACACUAAGAUCAACGGCAAGGCCGAUUCUCUCUGGAAAGGGCUGCCCACUUGCAGUCGUGACAAGCUCAUGUAUUUGAUGGUUCGGCUGCGGGGAACGUCAACAUGGUUGGAUCCAAUUUUGAAGGAACUGCAGGAGGCGGAGCGACAAG